GUAUUGAGUCUUCUGCGCAUGCGUGUUUCCAGAGUUGUGCUGUCGAGGUCGAAUACGGUGAAGGCUACUAUAAAGGCAGAAAAAUGCCUGCAGACCAUGAUAAAGCGGCAUACCCGGAGCCUCCACGACAGACUCCGGUUCAGGACAAACAGACCGCACUGCCAAAUCCGGCCUUGAUUCUGUCUAAACUCUUUUAUUACUCCGUGGAUGCGCCUGUCACCACAUUCAGAGGUAUUGUUGACGGGAUUCGGGCCAAUAACAAGUCCGUGUAUUACCACCAGAAGUACCGCCGUGUUCCUGACCUGACUGAGUGUGAGGAGAGAGAUUAUACCUGCUACUAUGAGGCUGAGAUGCAGUGGAGGAGAGAUUUCAAAGUGGACCAGGAGAUUGUGAAGGUGGUGCAGGAGCGUCUUCGGGCCUGCCAGCAGAGAGAAGGAACCAGCUACCACCAGAACUGUGCUAAAGAAAUGCAGCAGUUCAAUGAGACAACCAAGAACUUCCAGUUGAGAUAUGGAGACCUUGGAGCGUACGCCAGUGCUCGUAAAUGUCUAAUGAAGCAGAAAGAACGAAUGAUUGCGGCUCAGACCCAGAGUGCUUAAGAACAGUCACCUAAUAUCUGUCCUGUGUAAAGAUUGUAAAAUAAAAUUUAUGUGGUACAACUUG